GCGAAGGCCUAAGGCCGCUCCUACCCAGCCUAGGGGAAAGGGACUGGGGAAGCAGCGAGAACGAGGCUCCUUCGUUCCGUUAUUGGCGCGUUGGCCUCUGUGCCCCCUUUGAAUUUGGCGCCCUGCCUUCCGAUUGGCUUAUUUUAGCAGCCAAUACACGCAUAAACCUUCGCUGGGUCGUGAGGCUAACCAAUCCCGGAGAGCCAUUCCUCUGGGCCGCCAACCAAUGGCAGAGCGCAGCGUCACUGUCCAGGGGGCUGGGUCUAGGGCUCCGCCGCAGACUAUAAAAAACCCCAAAACGUGCGGGGUGCAGGGUCGGUUCAAGCCAAGCGCGCUUCGCCUCGCCCUCAGACAGCGGGGUCAGCGCUGCCGCUAGCGCCUCCCCCAGUGCUGUUGGAACCGGCGACCGAGCCGCGUGCGUCGCUCCCCUUUCCCGCCAUGUCCGGCCGCGGUAAGAGCGGCGGCAAGGCCCGCGCCAAGGCUAAAUCUCGCUCGUCCCGCGCUGGGCUGCAGUUCCCGGUGGGGCGCGUGCACCGGCUGCUGCGGCGCGGUCACUACGCGGAGCGCGUUGGCGCGGGCGCCCCGGUGUACCUGGCCGCCGUGCUCGAGUACCUGACGGCGGAGAUCCUGGAGCUGGCGGGGAACGCGGCGCGGGAUAACAAGAAGACGCGCAUUAUCCCGCGGCACCUGCAGCUCGCGGUGCGCAACGACGAAGAGCUCAACAAGCUGCUGGGCGGCGUCACCAUCGCGCAGGGCGGUGUCCUGCCCAACAUCCAGGCCGUGCUGCUGCCCAAGAAGGCGGGCGGCGGCGGAACCGGGCCGGCCAAGAGCGGCAAAAAGGGCAGCAGCCAGCAAUCGCAGGAAUACUAGGGCCGGCCACGCGCCGCCGGCGGAGACUCACCCCCCCCCCCCCCCCCCCCCCUAAAGUCCCUUUUCGGGGCCGCCCGAAGGAGCUGCGGAUCCGUGGCCCGCUCGAGACAAAAGCGGGCUCCGGGGCGGGGAGAGCGCGAGGCCCCCGGCGCCUUAAGCUGGGUUGAGGGAGUUGGGCUUUCCCGCACGGGGAGGCGCAACAGUCACUGCCUAGUGGGGGGCGGAAGAUUUCCUUGGGCUCGAGCGGGGAAGCUGCCUGGGGUCCUCCCGCCCGGCUGCCCGUUGUACGAAUCGGGGGGAGCCCAGCCUAACGCUGCGCACGUGCCUGGGGCAGAGCAUAACUCGUGCCUUGAUAGUAAACUCUGCUGCUACCUCGAACCCUGGUGUUGUGCCCUUCGGGUGAAGCUGCUGCGUGCAAAGU